AUGCCCUCGUCGGUGGCAAGGAUUCACAAGCGCCAUUCGUAUGCCAAAGACGCUCACACCUACUACCCGGUUCUCGUGAUUGGCGCAGGGGUGUCUGGCAUUGCUACAGGAUGUCGACUCAAGGAAGCUCUGGGCUUUGAUCAAUUCAGAAUCUUUGAGAGGCAAUCGGGUAUUGGAGGUACUUGGUGGAUCAACCGCUACCCAGGAGCCGCAUGCGAUGUGCCCGCGCUGUUGUACUCUUUCUCAUUUGCUCCAAAGAAAGACUGGACUACCCUACAUCCCCCCGGACCGGAGAUUGUUCAGUACCUGACUGAUGUCUGCGAGAAGUACGAGAUAGUCGACAAGAUUCAACUCAACACAGCUGUCAAAGAACUGCGAUGGUUAGAGGAUGCGGAAGAGUGGCAAGUCACGUUAUUGCAUCUUGUUCCUAGUACCGGGGACUUAUCCGAAGGGGAAAGAAAUGCGCGAAUAUCCAAAGAAGGCGAGCGCAGUGUCUACGUCAAAACAGAGAUUGUGCGAGCAAAGAUCGUUGUCAGCGGUGUGGGUGUGCUUGUUGAGCCUAAAAAAUGGCCUGCACAUGUACCCGGGAUUGAGACGUUCGAAGGCGAGGUUGUUCAUACAGCUCGAUGGAAGAGCGACAUUGAUCUGUCAGGGAAACACGUCGUCAUCAUUGGCUCUGGCUGCAGUGCAGCCCAGGUAGUCCCUGAGCUGACGAAACCAGAGUCCAAGGUCAAGUCAAUCACGCAGCUCAUGAGGUCGCCUCCCUGGUUCAUGCCCGAUUUCCUGACGCCGACGUCGCUCAAGAAAUGGGAAAAAUACACGCCGCGAUUGUUCAGAAACGUCCCUGGUCUUGCUUUCGGUGCAAGGGCUUUGCUGUUCUUCUUCUUGGAGUGGGAAUUUAUCAAAAUCUUCAGGAACAAUGAGUAUUCCCGUCGGAAUCGUUCCAGAUUAGAGAGCAAACUCCUAGAGCACAUGCGAGCGACUGCUCCAGAGAAAUAUCACGACAUACUCACUCCCAACUACAGCCUGGGCUGUAAGCGACGAAUUGUGGAGGCCAACUACUAUGCCAGCAUUCAUGCGCCCAAUUUUGAGCUGACGACGAAGCCCUUGGUAGGCGUCCAAGCCAGAAGCGUGACAUUAGGCCCUGGUCGACAUUAUCCGCCGGAAAGUACGGAGUCAACAGAUGGAGUGAGACAGAUACCGGCGGAUGUCAUUAUUCUGGCCAACGGAUACGAGACCAAUAAAUUUCUUCAUCCUCUCCCGGUUUUCGGUCGGCGCGGCAGAAGCCUUGAUGAGAUUUGGGAGGAGCGUGGAGGAGCACAAGCUUACCUGGGCAUUGCCAUGGACCAUAUGCCGAAUCUCUUCCUUUCGUUUGGCCCGAACACAGCGACCGGCCAUACCAGCGUCAUUUUCGCGGUCGAGAAUGCCAUCAAUUACUCUCUGAACUUCAUCAGACCCAUUCUUGAGGGACGCGUCAGUUGUUUCGAGGUGAAAGAGAAUGCUGAGCGCGACUGGACGGACAAGGUACAGAGAAGUCUUCAAGGCACCGUCUUUCGACGGGGAGCUUGCACAAGCUGGUACCAAACCGAUGAUGGUUGGAACUCGUCCACCUAUCCAUUUACUCAGAUUGACUACUAUUUCAGAUGCACAUUUCCUGUGUGGCACCACUGGACAGCCAAGUAUACACGCAAGGGACUCAUGCUUCAGAGGCAGACUCUGGGGAAACGGAAACCCCGCGCGGUUAUUCAGACCCAGCGGGUGCAUGGAAGGAAUCUCUCCGCACUCUUCACUGCUUUAUCCUGCGCACAACAACGCGAUCAGGCCAUACUGACCGCAUCUGACAUGGCUUCCGAGUCGUCCCAGAUUGAUAUUGCUACCCCUCAGGCGGGAAAAGCAGACCAAAAUGCCUCCCCGGCUGAGGACAGCGCAAAGAGAAAAGCGGAACAGAGCAACGGAACUCACACGCGCACAAAGCGGAAUCGCUACAUCUCAAUCGCCUGGGAGUUCCGUUCGAUGACAGACCAGAUCACAACUCUGCAGGAACAGGUGAACAGUCUCUUCAGUAGUCUGAACGAUCUUCGCAGUCAAAGAUCAUCUUUGGCCUCGCCGAAUCUGGAGGACAUCUCUCGGGAUGGCUCACAGCCGGUCUUUACGCCGAUGCACCCGGCUACCGUCAGACCUCGCGUAAGACAUCUACGGUUUCAUGGCCCCACUAGCUCCGCCUUCAAUUUCGAUGUCGCCAGAUCCAGUCUUCAGAACAUGGGCAUUGCACCCGCCGAAGAAGUCAUGAAUGACGAUCUGACAACGGCCCAAGUCACGCCGGCCGCAUCGCCGCCCGCUCAGCAGGCUGUAUUCACACAGCCCAUACAUCCGACCAAAGAUCCGAUAUGGGCAAUCAAACGGGAAGAGGCUCUACGAUUAUGUCAUGUUUAUGAGGAAGAAGUCGGUAUUAUGUAUCCGCUUGUGGAUAUUGAGAAGGUGAUCAAUCAAGUCAACCUCCUCUAUACUUUCAUGGAGGCUGCAAUGCGAACUGGCUUCGCGCAGCGAGCAUUCCCGGGCUCAGAUUCCCUCCAUGAUGAUAAUACAAUUAUCCUCAAGAUGAUUCUCGCCAUAACGUUGAUUGUGGAGGGGAGCGGGCGAAGUGAUCUGGGCCAACGUCUGUUCUUGAGCGUCAAGCCAGUCAUUGAGGCUAAGCUUUGGGGACCGAUCGACAUCAAGACCAUCCAGCUCUUUGGCAUGGUGGCAACUUACCAUUUUCACACGGAUGACGAUGCGAUGGCCUACCGAGUGAUAGGAUUCGCUGCACGUAUGUGCCUUGAACUGGGUCUGCACCGACGGGAGGCGUUGAUGAAAUCCUUUCCAAACGAGGAUCAAUGGGCUGACGUCACCAAGAUCUUCUGGUCGAUCUACAGUUUGGAUAGACGCUGGAGUCUUGGUACUGGGCUACCCUUUGUCAUUCAAGAUGAGGAUGUCGACCCCAACCUCCCCGAGCCUGACGCAUCAUUGCCUUACUUGAGAUACAUACGCAGAGAUGAGAUCGGGUAUCUUGACUACCAAGUUCUCCAGUGGUACAAGCAGGUUCCCGAUGCGUUGAAAUUUUACCCUGGGGACUCUCCGAAGCAUGGCGAGACGGCCAGCCGGGGUUUGCGGCGACUACGGGUGCUGCUGUACUUGCGCAUGAAUCAGCUUCGGAUUCUCAUUUAUCGGCCUGUCCUACAUUCUUCUGCGAGUAUCGCCGAAGACAAAGGUCAUGCUCAAACUGUGGUGGAUGUUGCCAAAGAUACAGUUCGAGUGCUCACACAACUUAACCAUACGUCUGACAUCUAUCGCACUCAACAAAUCACUUUCAACUACUUCCUUGUUGCCGCUCUCGCGGUGCUCUUUCUGGCCGUAUGUCACGCGCCAAACGAAUUCAACCGACAGGUGCGGGACGAGUUCUACAUGGCACUCGAUCUGAUCAACGGAUUUAGUACAAAAUCUUACGUAUCAAAACGGCUCUGGAAGACGAUCAAGGGGCUGAGAAUGAUUGGGGAACGGCUGGGCGUGCUGGCGCGCCCGUUCGGCUCGGACUCGAAUGACCCCCAUUCAACGGCUGCUGUCGCCAUGGCGGGCCUGGCGGGCCAUUCAAUCGAGAACCUGGCCAUCUAUGGACCGAUGAAUGGGGUCAAUGAACUGGGAAACAGUCCUUUGAACGGACUGCAGAUGAGUCAAGAGCUCACCAACCUCUUCGAGGCUGUUGGAGGGUUUAGCAGCUUCGUUGCAUCUGGUACAGCACCCGAAGGUAUAUCCGGGUUUGUGAGUCAUGAUGGCGAGCUUCAAAACACGGGCGAGGGACUUUCAGGCAUUUUCGGCGAUGAUGGAGAGCUCUCCCGGGUCAUCAGGGAGCUCUUUUGA